CGAACUCAACUCCAACAUCACAACCAAACGUACCACAUCCUUAAUUAAUGCCCACAAUAUCAUGUCCCGAAAAUGUUAAUGUUAUGCUUCUUUGUUCCCCUCAGCUUCAGAUUUGGCAGCACAAGAUUCGUUUCUCGUGAUGAUGAUGGAGGGUAGAGGGAGAUUUGGGUCAGUGAAAGCAGCCAUUGAUAUGUACGGAGAAAGGAUUGUUGAAGGCAACACUGCACUCGAGAAAUCCCAUAUAAAUUCUUCAGAGAUAAGAAAGCUUCACAUGGCGAGAAGAGACGCGGGGCGGUUCAGCGAGAGCAGAAGAGUUGCAGAGAGUGUGAAAUCCCAAGCAGAAACCGAGCUUUCAGAUGCGAAGAAGACAGUGAAAGAUUUGUCAACAAGGAUUGAAGAACUGAAUUCAAGGCUAAAGCUCCGGGCUGCGGAUAUGGAGAAACUGAAGAAGGCGAAAACCCCCAGGGGAGUGAGUUUUGGGAAGACAGACUACAAUGGGUACGCGAAAGUGAUGAAGGAAUUGGGAGACGCGAAGCGAGAAAUGAAUAAACUCAAGCAAGAUAUGGCUGCAGCUUCAGAGGAAAAAAGGAGGGCUGUGGAAGAAGUGAGUGGUUCAGGCUCAAAAAUGCAGUCUUGUUCAAGCACAAUUGAGGGUUUACAGAGGGAGAUCGAGGAGAUCAAUGAAGAGAUUGUGGUUGUUGAGUUGGCUCGAAUUGAAGCCAUUAAAGAGUGCAGAGCCAUUGAAGCUCAGAGAGCAGAAGAAGCCAAGAAACACUCUGCUCUGAUAGAGAAGAUGAGGGAGAAGAUUAAUGGUUUGAUCCAACAGACUGACAGAGCUGAAAAGCUUGAAACAGAACUGGCUGCUGCAAAUUUGGAUGCCAGGAUCUUAGAGAGUGAACUGAAACAAGUGAGGGAAAUGGAUAAAAGUAUUCAGAGAAAUGCUAAGCCUAAUCUCGAGGAAAAGGAAUCCGCGGAAUUGGAGUCAAUCAACAAGGAACUUGAAGCAGCAAAGAGGGCAUUAGCUUCUGUUAAGGAAGAAAGCUUCAAGUUCAUGACUUCCAUGGAUGAUACAAGAAAUGAGCUAAAGCGCAUAUCAGAAGAAAAGGCUCAAUGCAUGAAGAAAUACGAGAAGGGGGAUGUAACAAUUCAGAACCUGAGCGCGAAGCUCCUUAGAGCAAAAGCCAAGCUGGAGGCUGCAUCUGCAUCUGAAGAAAAAGCCAACUCCAUCGCCUCAAAUUUAUCCCUCACUCUUGAGCAACUAAAGGCAGGAGUCGAGGCUGCCAAGAAUGAAAGAGUUGCUGCCAUGGAAGAAACUGCAAAAGUUAAGGAAGAAAUUCAGAAAACGAAUUCUGAAACAGACUUGGCUGAGGACAAACUCCAAGCUGCAAUACAAGAGCUUAAGAAUGUUAAGUCAUCAGAAGGGAUAGCACUGGAAAAUCUAAGAGCUGUUGUAGAAAAGACAAUAAGAAAUAGAGCUUCUAAGAAGAGCUCCAAGAUAAUCAUCUCAAAAUUUGAAUAUGAAUACUUAACAGGGCGUGCAGCUAUGGCAGAAGAAAUUGCAGAUAAGAAAGUUGCAGCAGCUGAGGCUUGGGUCAAAGCUUUGGAAGCAAGUGAAAAGGAAAUCAUAAUGAGAACAGAGAUGAUUGAGAAGGAAACAAGAGAGCUUAAGGCAGAGGAAGAGCGUUCACUCUCUGCAACAGCUAUGGUUGAAAGAGAGUUGCACAAGUGGGAAAACUCUCAACGAAAAUCAAUGAACACAAGCGGAAAGCUGACACCAGGCAGACGAUCAAAGUACCGAAAGUCUGCAUCUCCAGCAUUUAGGCUCACACGUAGAUCAACCUCCUUCACAGUUACAGGGAGAAGAAAGGUAUUGCCAAAAAUCGCCAAAUUUUUUGGUGGCAGGAGCUCUGAGGGUAACAUGUGACCAUAUAUUCUAAUCCUUGUGGGUGAAGAGAACAAAACAUUUCUCUUACAGACAACCCAGAAAAAAAAAAUAGCUUUAUCUAAUAAGUUCUUGUUUUCCAGAUUUGGCUCUGCUAAACUAGUAGAAUGAAGAAAAAAGUUUGCAGGAUUCCAAGAGUUCUCAGUAAUUAGAUUCCUGCCUUAUGAGGCUUCUUUAUAGUUUUUCCGGUUUUAAACCAAGUCAGCAGAAGAGUAGUCACCUGCAAAUCGCCCCACACAUUCAAGAAACCAUUGAUCUUUACACAGUGGUUAAGAUUUAAGAGGCAAGACAACAUUUUCUCAAUUCUAACUAACAAGUACUGUCCUUUUUUUUUUCUUGCUAUAAUCAUAUGACUUUGUGUAGAAAAAAUAGCUUCACUUUCCAUGUACCAAAAACUCUACAGCACAUUUAUAAAUAACGCAAGGCAAGAAAAAAAAUAUAUACAUCCAGAAUCUGUAUAUUGAUUCAAUUCAUAAUGUUGUGUUGACGUUAGAACUUACAAGCACCUUGUGUAUUGAAUACUCACAAACAGAAAACUUACAACAGUUGACAUGAAGACGAAGCAAGCCUUAGAAAUAAACUAAAUUCCCACACUAACUGGUAGAAAAAUAAAUUACACCUGUUUUGACCGUAAUGGAGGUAGGGGAGGGAGAGGGUUGAGAAAGAACAAAAAAUAAACAAAUAGACAAAGGGAGUAAGACAAGGAAAAAAAAACAAUAUACUGAAAGAUUAAGACUAUAGUGUUGAAAAGAAAAGAAAAAUAAUCACACCCAUACCAAAAUUUUGUUCUUCUAGUGAUAGCCUGUAGACCUCACUGAGGAAGCCAUGUGCCUUUGGUUGUCAUGCUAUUUAGGUAUUGCUGCAUUGAGGACUCUUAUAAGAGUACUGUUGCCCCUUUGUAAUGGUUUGACACUGAGAGAUAAAUGCUGGAGCUGGAGGCUGACUCUUAUAUAUUUGAGCGUAAGAAAGGUCCUCAUCAAACUCAUCAGAAUAAUUAGUCACCGAAACUGAUGUUGAAGAAACAGGCUGGGAGCUGAAUUGUGCCUCAAGAUGGCCGACAAACUGCUGUUGACCUUGAGUGGAAGGUGCACUAACAGGAACAGUUGAUAUUGGGAUGGUCCUGUAAACUUUUGCAGAUGAGUCAGGUACUUGUUGAGCACUCGGGAAAUCCUUUUGAGCUGUUGGCGGAGGGAUAACAUGUCCUUGUGGAUGCAGUAUGGGUCGAUUGGGAGAAAUAGUUGCAGUAUCAUUUACGCUACACUGCAUUGACAUAUUUAUAGACGGAGUUGGAUGCACAGGAACAAAGUAAAUUGGGUAUUGCUGACUCAAUGUAUAUGGGCUCUGCUGCACUGGAACCUGAUACACUGGAUAGCAAGAUGACGAUGGCAAUGGAGUCGUAGUAUAUUGAGGAACCUGAACCAUUUUUUGAGCCUGAAACAAAUUCGAAGCAUUCGAGAUGGGACUUUCUGGUUCGGUAGUGCAGCUUGUUGCUCCAGACACAACUUGAAUAAAUGGCUCUUGAUAUGUUGAUGGUUUGGAUUGAAAACCAACACUUCCAACACUAAUAUCACUGUAAAGUUCAAUGAAUAAGCCAAAGCUCUAAUGGA